AGUUUUCCCGAGGGUUGACACUCAGAGAGAGAAAAAAUCAAAACGCUGCGCUCUGGUCGGCACGAAGCCAAUAGGUACAACGGGAAAUGGGAAAUCAGGGUGGGGGUUUUGGAGAGGGCUGGACUUCCAGGCAACCAAUGAGAAGGGCGAUCAAGGUGCCCGUUAGGAGGUUAUAUACUCCAAAGACUUACUAUGAAAGCUGUACAUUUAAACGGAACGGUGCGGCGUGCGUAGGCACGAGCGUAAGAAUUAGGAUACACACACAAACGCACUUCGGGCUGAACAACAACAUCAUUUAUCAACAUACCACCUCAGCAGGGAUCAGUCUAUCACUUUGGAUUCUUUUUUUUCCGGGGGAAAUUUGUUUUUGGAGAUGUCCCACGUCCAAUUAUCAACCACGCUAGAGAGGCUGAUGGCCAGGAAGACCUUCCCUCUCCAGAGGCGCACCGGAGUCUGCCGAAACCUCUUCGGACCGGUGGAUCACGAUGAGCUGAACCGGGAGAUGAAAGAAAAAUUGCGAGAGAUUUCCGAACGGGACCAACAGAGAUGGAACUUUAAUUUCGAGGCCAACACCCCGCUGGAUGGGGAUUACGAGUGGGAGGUGGUGACUGCGGAUAAGACCCCGGUGUUUUACCAGGACUCUGUGCAGGACGGCAAAAUCCGAGUGCCCGUGCAGUCACCCCCGGAUUCUGCUCUCCCGGAGAGCCCUCGUGCGGACGCACUGGAUCGUCUGGCCGUGCCAGAGAGCAGCAGCUCUCCUUGCGCGGGGGAGAUCAACCAGGAGAACCGCACAGACAAGAUCAACUCAGGGAAAGCGACCACCAGGCAGCUCCCGUGUGUCAGGCGCAAGAGGACGGCCGCUCCUGACAACAACACGCACAUCACAGACUUCUACGUGAAACGAAAGAGGCCUGCUGAUAUAAAACCGAGUGACAUGACCGCCUGUCUCCUCUCUAAGUCUCCAAUCCAGGUGGAACAAACUCCGCGGAAGAGGAUCCGCUGAAGGUGUUUUUUGUUCUUUUUGCACUAUUUUCCUGCGCAUUUUGAGGAUCACGGGAGACUGUUUCUCCACCACCCCGUCAACCGACCCACCCACCCAACCAACUGAAACGCAGGAGAGAGAGAAGAGGACGGUGUUGGGGGGACAAAGACGUCCGAACGGUCGGCCGGGGCUCGAUGCGCCCCGGCGGAGCGCAAACCGAGCUCCUGACCAGGCUCAGGACUCCGAACGGUUUGGGGGUGGGGUGGGAGGGGGGGCAGGAGAAAAAGAAAGAGAGAGGAGAUUUCUCCGAAUGACUUAUAUCCAGUACAAAUGUAGCAUUUCAUUGUUGCUUUUGCAUACAGCCACUCGACAGUGUUAAAUGUUUUAACAUCUGUGCAAUUCUAAAAAAAAUUUCUUUAAAAGAAUCGUCUACACUGGCCAAAAGUGUACAGCUUUAUAGAGACAAUACCUUAUAAAUGUUUAUUUCUGUUCUCGUUUGUGUAUGCGUGCGUGUUUAUUAUUAUUUGUUUUCCUUUCGUUCGGUAAAAUGUAUAUUUUUUAAGUCUAUUCUAACUUAUAAUUUAUUUAUGUUCGUUCAUAUUUGAUAAAUGCCUUGUUGAUUUAGCCAAAGGGCAUAUUUUGUAAUUUUAAUUUUAUUAUUUACAUUUUUUUCUUUUGAAAUUUUGUGGGGUUUUUUUUUUUUGUUUGUUGUUCUUAAUUUUCGCAAUCAUGUAGCUUCCUCAUAUUAGUCCCACACUUGAAAAAAAUAGUUUUCUUUGUAUCUCUGAGCCGGUUUAAUUUUGUAUGUAUUUUUUCUAUACAAGUGACCUAAUUAUGUCUUGCGAAUGACGUGAAUAAAAAUUUCUUUCUUCCACUUUAAUUUUAAA